AUGUACUAUGAACCUCAAUAUUCUCAUGCUAGAAUGUUACUUGUUAAAGUUCUCCUUGUCAUUUCAAUAUUGGAUGAUACUUAUGAUGCUUAUGGAACAUUUGAAGAACUUGAGCUCCUAACAGAAGCAUUUGAAAGGUGGGACUUGAACGCAAUGGAGCAGUUUCCUAAAGAUUACAUGAAAUUAGUUUUUCAAUUUGUAUACAACAUUUAUAAUGGGUUUGCUAAAGAAAUGACAGAGCUUGGGAAACCAUAUGCAGCUAAGUUCGCUAAAGACCGGGUAAUGGAUUUGAUAAGAAGCUAUUACACUGAAGCGAAGUGGUACAAAGCAAAAUAUGUGCCUACAUUUGAAGAAUAUAUGGUGAAUGCAAGAAUCACAGGGGUUGCUCAAAUUCUUACUACAUCCUUGUUGGGAAUGGAAGAAAUUAUGGAAGUGAAACCAUUUAAGCAGAUAAUACAAGCCCCUAACAAGGCCAUUAGAGCUUGUGAAAUUAUUGGACGCAUCAUGGAUGAUGUUGUUAGUCAUGAAGAGGAGCAAGCUAGAGGCCAUGUUGCCUCGGGCGUGGAAUGCUAUAUGAAAGACUAUAACAUGAGUAGAGAAGAAGUGGUGCAAAUUUUUAACAAAAUGGUUGAAGAUGCAUGGAAGGAAUUGAAUGAGGAAUUUCUGAUCAAGUCUAGGCCAGGAGACGACGACCUUCCAAAGGCAGUGCUCAAACGAGUCCUCAACCUUGCUCGAGUGGUGGAUGCCUUGUACAAGGUCAUUGAUGGGUACACUUACUCGGCCAAACUGAUUAAGGGCGACAUAAUCUCAACUUAUACUCAGCCUAUUCCUCUUUAAAUAAGUUGAAUUGGGUCGCCAAAUAAAAUUUGUACUACUAUUUCUAGUAAAGAUUCUAGACUUAAAUGUCUGAUAUAUAUUGUACGGUGAUGUUGUUGUUGACGUUGGUACUUGUGUGAUGUUAUUGUGUGGAGCUUAAUGUUUGA